UGUAUGUAAGCCUGAGCAUGCGCGGACAAGGCAACACAUUUCAGCGCUAAUGUAAGCCCCUGACAAAACAAUUAGCUAAUGUAAUCGAGUUUGCUCACUAACAAUAGUUGGCCUGCUUAACUGGAAAUAGUACACGUCGACAAGGGGCCGUGAACCUGCCAUGGUAUGCUGAGGUGGAGAGUCUGGGGACCUAUGCACUAUGGCAGAGUCAUUUGCCAUCCAGGACCAUUCAACAGAAGCAGAACUAUGCACUAAGUAUGAAAUAAAAGACAUGGAGUCCUUUGAGACUGAAGGAGCCAACCAGAGAUUGAAAGUCGACCACUUGCUUUUCACCAUUGAGAGACAUCAAAAAUGUUACUUCUGGUUUUGUGAAGAGUGCAAAGAAUAUUUUAUUGAUGAAUGCCCCACACAUGGCCCUCCAGUUUUUGUGCCUGACACCCCUGUGCCAGUGGGCGUCCCAAACCGUGCCGCCCUUACUACUCCUAAUGGCAUUGAGGUCAUUCAGGAAGGCAGCGAGGUGGACGUAUGCUGCGUAGACAAAGACAUUCCCAGGGGGGCACUAUUCGGUCCUUACCAGGGUGAAGUGAUGUCACAGGACAAGUCCUCUGGUUUCCUCUCCGGGAUGUUGGUGGACAAAAACAACUCAUACAAAUCCAUUGAUGUUAGCGACGAAACCAAAGCCAACUGGAUGAGGUAUGUCCGAAAUUCUUCAGAGGACAUUGAGCGAAACCUGACAGCCUUCCAGCAUGGCGAGCACAUCUACUUCCAGGUGUGCCGUGACCUGUCAGUGGGAGAGAGGCUGCGGGUAUGGUACAGUGAUGACUACAUGGACCGAUUACACCGCAUGUCCCAGGACACCAUCGGCAGCAACUUGGCCACAGUUGAAAAGGACUCACGAGUGUGGUCAAGCCCCUGGAAUGUUACAGCCCGGGACCGGGAGGCCACCCAGACCCUCAUCGAGCACUACGGGUCCCCAGAAAUCCAGAGCCUACUGAACGACCGGACAACCAGAACCAAGCAGAUCUUUGAGAUCAUUGCCAGUCGGAUGGAGGCACAGGGCUUCCUGAUCAGUGAGAACUCCUGGCAGGCUGGCAAGCGAUGCUUCCAAAAGUGGCGCAACAUGGAGCGCACGUACAAAGACUAUGUGCUGGCGUCCAAGAGGACUGACGCUGGACGCAGGAAACAGCCCGAGUUCUAUGACCAGUUCCAUGCACUCAUGGGCCAGAGGCUGAGCUCCAAGCUGGCUGCUGCUGACACCCCAGCCAGGGCGUUGGCCAAGCUGAAGCCUAAAGCUGUAGCACCAACUCCAAGCUUGCCCCUCUACGCUAUUGUAGUCCCAUCAGGCCAUCCAGUCAACCUCGGUAUACCCUCCACCUGCAGCCCAGAGGCAGAGAUUGGAGUCCAUACAGGCACCACUGAGCCUGAUCCGCUAGCCAGGAAGUCCAGGAGCGAACGGGUCCCACAUCCCAAGAUACUCCAGUCAAAUGCAGAGGAGGAGAGGGCAGAGAAUCAACUCCAAAAGGGGAGGAGGAGGUCAUGGCUUGGGGAUGACAGAGCUGCUGAGAACGGUGGGUCCCUGCCUGUGUGGUCGGAGCGGAAAAUGAUUAGUCAGGACAUUGAGGCAACGGAGGCUUUAGUAGAGCUGUACAGCUCUCCAGAGAUCCAGGGACUAAUCAGGGAGAACAAGACCCGAACCAAGAGGAUCUUUGAGAUCAUAGCUAGCAGGCUAAAGGAGCAAGGCUUCCCCAUCAGUGAUGUGCCUGAGCAGGCAGGGGAGCGAUGCUUCCAGAAAUGGCGGAACCUAUCGAGGGCGUACAAGGAGUACAUCCUCCACCCAGAGAAGGCUGACAUGGCAAAGCGGAAGCUUCCGGCCUACUUCAACAGGCUCCAGGACCUCAUAGGCCACCGGCUCAGCCUUCAACUAUCUGAAGACUCCCCCGAGCCUGAUGGCAGCAUGGGAGAUGCUGAGGCUGAUGCAGGGGUUGAGGACAUAAGCCAGAAUCUGUUACACAUUGUGGAGGUGCCGGCGAGCCCCACUGACAUUGUCAGUCCCCCCUCCACGUCUGCCUCCUUCUCCUCUUCACAUACAGGAAACCCCCUCCAUGUUGGAGCCAGUGGGCGGAAGAGAAGGAGGAUGGCAAACAUAUUGGAUGUCUUUCAGGGUUACAGGGAGGAGGACAAACGAUUGCAAGAGGAGAGGGAAAGGAGGGCAGAGGAGCGCUUUAAUCAGCUGCGAAGCCUUCUGCAGCAACAGCACACAGAGACUAUGGCAGUGAUGAGAGAACUGAUCAAUUCCAUGAAGAUGAAAAAACUAUGAGAUAUACUGUGAAUAGAGUUGAAGUCCGAAGUUUACAUACACCUUAGCAAAAUACAUUUAAACUCAGUUUUUCACAAUUCCUGACAUUUAAUCCUAGUAAAAAUUCCCUGGCUUAGGUCAGUUAGGAUUUUAAGAAUGUGAAAUGUCAGAAUAAUAGUAGAAAGAAUGAUUUAUUUCAGCUUUUAUUUCUUUCAUCACAUUCCCAGUGGGCCAGAAGUUUGCAUACACUUAAUUAGUAUUUGGUGGCAUUGCCUUUAAAUUGUUUCAGGUUUCAGGUAGCCUUCCACAAGCUUCCCACAAUAAGUUGGGUGAAUUUUGGCCCAUUCCUCCUGACAGAGCUGGUGUAACUGAGUCAGGUUUGUAGGCCUCCUUGCUCGCACACACUUUUUCAGUUCUGCCCACACAUUUUCUAUAGGAUUGAGGUCAGAGCUUUGUGAUGGCCACUCCAGUAUCUUGACUUUGUUGUCCUUAAGCCAUUCUGCCACAACUUUGGAAGUAUGCUUGGGGUCAUUGUCCAUUUGGAAGACCCAUUUGCGACCAAGCUUUAACUUCUUGACUGAUGUCUUGAGAUGUUGCUUCAAUAUAUCCACAUAAUUGUCCUUCCUCAUGAUGUCAUCUAUUUUGUGAAGUGCUCAAGUCCCUCCUGCAGCAAAGCACCCACACAACAUGAUGCUGCCACCCCCAUGCUUCACGGUUGGAAUGGUGUUCUUCGGGCUUGCAAGCCUCCUCUUUUUCCUACAAACAUAACGAUGGACAUUAUGUUGAAACAGUUCUAUUUUUGUUUCAACAGACCAGAGGACAUUUCUCCAAAAAGUACGAUAUUUGUCCCCAUGUGCAGUUGCAAACCGUAGUCUGGCUUUUUUAUGGCGGUUUUGGAGCAGUUUCAUCCUUGCUGAGCGGGGUUAUGUCAAAAUAGGACUCGUUUUAAUGUGGAUAUAGAUACUUUUGUACCCGUUUCCUCCAGCAUCUUCACAAGGUCUUUUGCUGUUGUUCUGGGAUUGAUUUGCACUUUACUCACCAAAGUGUGUUCAUCUCUAGGAGACAGAACGUUUCUCCUUCCUGAACGGUAUGACGACUGCGGUGUCCCACGGUGUUUAUACUUGCAUACUAUUGUUUGUACAGAUGAACGUGGUACCUUCAGGCAUUUGGAAAUUGCUCCCAAGGAUGAACCAGACUUGUGGAGGUCUACAAUUUUUCUGAGGUCUUGGCUGAUUUCUUUUGAUUUUCCCAUGAUGUCAAGCAAAGAGGCACUGAGUUUGAAGGUAGGCCUUGAAAUACAUCCACAGGUACACCUCCAAUUGACUCAAUUGUGAUACAGUGAAUUAUAAGUGAAAUAAUCUGUCUAAACAAUUGUUGGAAAAUUUACUUGUGUCAUGCACAAAGUAGAUGUCCUAACCAACUUGCCAAAACUAGUAUGUUAACAAGAAAUUUGUGGAGUGGUUGAAAAACGAGUUUUAAUGACCCCAACCUAAGUGUAUGUAAACUUUUGUCUUUAACUGUGUAUACACUACCGGUCAAAAGUUUUAGAACACCUACUCAUUCAUGUGUUUUUUCUUUAUUUUCACUAUUUUCUACAUUGUAGAAUAAUAGGGAAGACAUCAAAACUAUGAAGUAACACAUAUGGAAUCAUGUAGUAUCCAAAAAAGUGUUAACAAAUCAAAAUGUAUUUUAUUUUUGAGAUUCUUCAAAUUUGCCACCCUUUGCCUUGAUGACAGCUUUGCAAACUCUUGGCAUUCUCUCAACCAGCUUCAUGAGGUAUUCACCUGAAAUGCAUUUAAAUUUACAGGUGGUCCUUCUUAAAAGUUAAUUUGUGGAAUGUUGUUCCUUAAUGCGUUUGAGCCAAUCAGUUGUGUUGUGACAAAGUAGGAGGGGUAUACAGAAGAUAGCCCUAUUUGGUAAAAUACCAAGUCCAUAUUAUGGCAUGAAACAUCCACCAUUACUUUAAGACAUGAAGGUCAGUCAAUCUGGAAAAUUUCAAGAACUUUGAAAGUUUCUUCAAGUGCAGUCGCAAAAACCGUCAAGCGCUAUGAUGACCGCCACAGGAAUUAAAGACCCAGAGUUACCUCUGCUGCAGAGGAUAAGUUCAUUAGAGUUACCAGCCUCAGAAAUUGCAGCCCAAAUAAAUGCUUCACAGAUUUCAAGUAACAGACACAUCUCAACAUAAACUGUUCAGAGGAGACUGUGUGAAUCAGGCUUUCAUGGUCGAAUUUCUGCAAAGAAACCACUACUAAAGGACACCAAUAAGAAGAAGAGACUUGCUUGUGCCAAGAAACAUGAGCAAUAGAUAUUAGACCGGUGGAAAUGUGUCCUUUGGUCUGGAGUCCAAAUUGGAACAUUUUGGUUCCAACCACCGUGUCUUUGUGAGACGCAUGGUGGGUGAACGGAUGAUCUCCACAUGUGUAUUUCCCACUGUAAAGCAUGGUGCUUUGCUGGUGACACUGUCUGUGAUUUAUUUAGAAUUCAAGAUACACUUAACCAUCAUGGCUGCCACAACAUUCUGCGCUUAGUUGGACUAUCAUUUGUUUUUCAAUAGGACAAUGACCCAACAUACCUCCAGGUUGUGUAAGGGCUAUUUGACCAAGAAGGAGAGUGAUGGAAUGCUGCAUCAGAUGACCUGGCCUCCACAGUCCCACGACCUCAACCAAAUUGAGAUGUUUGGGAUGAGUUGGAUGGCAGAGUGAAGGAAAAGCAGCCAACAAGUGCUCAGCAUAUGGGGGAACUCCUUCAAGACUGUUGGAAAAGCAUUCCAUGUGAAGCUGGUUGAGAGACUGCCAAGAGUGUGCAAAACUGUCAAGGCAAAGGGUGGCUAUUUAAUUAGAUUCUAAAGAUUAGAUUCUAAAAUGUCAAAUGUAUUUUUUAUUUGUUUAACACUUUUUUGGUUACUACAUUAUUCCAUAUGUGUUAUUUCGUAGUUGUGAUGACUUCACUAUUAUUCUACAAUGUAGAAAAUAGUUGUUUUUUAUAGCUCAUGAAUGAUUAGGUGUAUCCAAACUUUUGACUGGUACUGUGUGUGUGUGUGUGUAUGUAUAUAUAUCUUCAUUCUAUUAUUUGCAUUUGCUAUCUGCCCUGUUAUUUGUAUUAUGUAUUGUUAAUGUGUCAUGUAUUGUUGAAGACUAUAGAAAGUCGCAUAAAUGUUUAUAUAAUAAGGGUUGUGUCUUUGGCAUCCACAGUUCACUUUUCUACAUUUCACUUGGAAAAUAUACUGUAUCUCACUUCCCGCGAGUGCCAUUCUUUUUUAAUGCCAACUGAUUAUUUAAAGGUGCUUUAAGUCUAACCCAGUCUGUAUUGAGCUAGAACAUUUGAAACUGUGGCUUAUUAGUCAAAAUAAACCUCUUGGUUCGAGCUAGACGAUA